AUGGACAAAAACAUUGGAGAGCAGCUUAACAAAGCUUAUGAAGCCUAUCGACAAGCAUGCAUGGAUAGGGACUAUGCUGUGAAAGAACUACAGCAAAAAACAGAAAACUACACGCAGCAAAUACGUGAACAGCAGGAAAAGAUAGAGCUUCAAAACAGCAUUAUUGCAAAACUGAAAUCACAGUUAGCUGCUCUGAAUGCUAAUAGAGGUAAUGCGCAUUCCUACAUUCCGAUGCAUGAAGAUGUUGAAACCUGCAACUUACCUUUCAGCCAGCUCUCUGAAAAACUGAGUGUAGCAAAGCAAAGAGAAAAACUCUUAAAG